AGAUGGCGAACGUGUUGCUGGAGUUCAAGGCAUCUGCCGGGGACUCAGAGCCGCAGAACCGUCCUGUCCUCUUCGUCGGCCAGCUUGGCAACCUGCAACAGCUCAACUGGGCCCAGUUGAAAGGAAAACUGCAGCCGGUGGUCAGCAAAGAGACAUGGCAAGCAGCUUUAGGUUCUCUGAACCCAAAUCCUACAGAUAGCUGCCCUCUGUAUUUGAGUCAUGCAGCAGUGGCGGCUCUUCCUUCACGAGUGAGCCGGCACAACAGCCCGGCGUCUGCCCACUUCCUCACCCGCCUGGUCCGAACAUGUCUGCCCUCUGGCAACAACCGCUGCAUUGUGAUGGUCUGUGAGCGCUCUGAUGUGUUUGCUUCAGGGUGCGCCAUCGCACGAGCUUUUCCGCUGUUCACCCGCCGAUCUGCCUCAUCUCGCCGGACAGAAAAAAAACACGUCACUGUUGAGUUUAUCACAGUGGGCCAAGAAAACAGUCCUUUGGAAGUCUCCACGCUCGAGUGUCUUGCUAAUGCAGCGGAUGGAAUUCGUCUGGCCGCUCGAAUCGUAGACACUCCUUGCAACGAGAUGAAUACGGAUGACUUCCUGGAGGAAAUCAAAGUGGUGGGGAACAAAUUAGGCAUCACUCCAACUAUAAUCCGAGGAGAGGAACUGAAACAAAAAGGCUUUGGUGGUAUCUAUGGAGUUGGAAAAGCUGCCCUGCACCCCCCUGCCUUGGCUGUGUUAAGCCACACCCCUACAGGUGCCACACAGACUAUUGCCUGGGUGGGCAAAGGCAUCGUCUAUGACACUGGUGGUCUCAGCAUCAAGGGCAAAACCACAAUGCCAGGAAUGAAGAGAGACUGCGGAGGAGCUGCAGCCGUUUUGGGAGCAUUUAAAGCUACUGUUAAACAGGGCUUUAAGGACAACCUUCAUGCCGUCUUCUGCCUGGCAGAGAACGCAGUCGGGCCCACAGCCACACGACCAGACGAUAUACACACCCUGUACUCUGGAAAGACGGUGGAGAUUAAUAACACAGAUGCAGAAGGGAGGCUGGUGCUCUCUGACGGUGUUGUGUAUGCAAGCAAAGAUCUCUCUGCAGAUAUCAUAUUGGAUAUGGCGACGCUGACCGGAGCUCAGGGAAUCUCCACAGGGAAGUACCACGCAGCCGUGAUGACCAACAAUGAGCAGUGGGAAGCAGCGUGCGUGAGAGCGGGACGCAGCAGCGGAGACCUGGCACAUCCUUUGGUCUACUGCCCUGAACUUCACUUCAGUGAAUUCACUUCAGCCAUGGCCGACAUGAAAAACUCUGUGGCGGACCGUGAGAAUGCUCAGAGCUCUUGUGCUGGCCUUUUCAUUGGCUCUCAUCUAGGUUUUGAUUGGCCGGGCAUUUGGGUACAUGUGGACAUAGCUUCCCCCGUCCAUGCCGGGGAGAGAGCUACGGGAUUCGGUGUGGCUCUGCUCAUGGCUCUGUUCGGUCAGGCGUCCGAGGAUCCCUUACUUAAUUCCGUGUCCCCGUUGGGUAUCGCUAAAGCCAACCCUGUCUCAGAAGACAAGCUGGAGAGAGACUGCAAGAGGAGGAGACUCGUCUAAAAUACAUUCAACUAGUUAAAUCAGGCAAUGUCUUCACACAUGUACACAUCUUGUGUCUCUGCCACCAAUUUGCAUUUAUUAUAUGUGCAAAAAAGUCUUCAAUAACAGUUAAUCUGAAAUGAAAGUGCAACAUUGUCUGUGUGAUACUAUCACCUGCU